AUGUCGAAUAGUUUUCGAGAAUCAACGAAAUCAGCAUCUUCUUCUUCGGGGAACAGUCCCAAUAACGAUGCUGCUGAUUUUGAAUGCAACAUUUGUUUCGAUUUGGCUCGGGAUCCAGUGGUGACUCUUUGCGGUCAUCUAUUCUGUUGGCCGUGUCUUUACAGGUGGUUACACCAUCGUUCUUGUUCUCAUGGAUGUCCUCUUUGCAAAGCAAUGGUGGAAGAACAGAAAUUGGUGCCUCUUUAUGGUAAAGGAAAAUCGGUAACUGAUGAUCCAAGAUUGAACUCAUAUCUUGGAAUGGAGAUUCCUCCUCGUCCUUUCGGACAGAGGCCACAAACUGUUGUGGAAGAGGAACUUGAGGCUCCACGUGACAUUCAUGUGUUGGAUGUGCGCUUGGAGAUAGAUCAGCCUAUUGAGGAGUAUCGUGCGGUUGCAGAGCAGCGUUUCAACGAGUAUAUAGAUGAGCGUAUCCAGGAGUAUCGUGCGGUUGUAGAGCAGCAUAUCAGGGAGCAGAUAGAUCAGCGUAUCGAAGAGUAUCGUGUGUCUAUAGAGCAGCGUUUCAAUGAGAGUAUAGAUCAGCGUAUAGAAGAGUAUCGAGCGGCUUCAGGCGUCUGA